AUGAGUGGUGUGAUGUACAUUGACGCCUGGCUGCAUCACGCGCCACGUUGCGCCAGUCGCGCAGGAUCGAGUUUUCCACGCCUUUCCUCGCAAAAUCUGCAACGUCCAUGCUAUCACGUACGCAAGAGCUUUAGCAACCUGUCUCACGCCCCUUUUACUGGAGCUGCGGUAACGAGUCCGUUUAUAUCGCAGUGCCAUAAAUUCCGGGCUGAAUAUGAUCAGGCUGUAUCACUUUCAACUCGCGUUUUGCAACUCGGUACAUCUGAGUUGGAGUACGAGCGGAUUCGCGUCUCACGCGAGUUUGAAAAUUCCAAUCCCAGUGUAGAUCGAGAAAAUUGGCUCGAGCAUUCGAUCAAGAACUUCCGCGAACGUAUCACAUCGCAAGUUUUCACAGACAAUACGAAACUCAAUGCUGCGGCCAAAUAUGUAUUGAGCGCAAAGUCCAAGCUUUUUAGGCCCAGGCUCGGCCUUAUGGUCGCACGGCUCCUAUACGCACGCAUUACAACCGAAGGGGCGUACCAGGCGACCGGAGCAGAUUCCAAUAACCUAUCCUCACUAAGUGGGUCCGACGCUAUCAUGUCGGGAGAUUUAUUGGAACGAAUCAUGCGCUUACUGCAGUCUUAUGAGAUCGUGCAUGUCGGAAGUUUAGUACAUGAUGACAUCCUUGAUAAUGCCAAAACUCGGAGAGGGUUGCCGACAGUGCACGUUAAAAUGGGAACAAAGAUUGCCACACUAGUCGGCGAUCUAAUGUUGACACGGGCAUGUUCAACCGUUGCCAAGUUGGGAUCACAGCAGCUGACGUUGCGUAUGGCAAAGGCCCUGGAGAACCUCAUUAAGGGGGAACUCAUGCAAGUAGAAGGCACCGACACCGCUGACGUGAUGCUAUGCGAUUACUUGAAGAAGAUAUUCCUCAAGACUGCCUCCCCGAUAGCAGAGUGCUGCGCGUCGAUCGCUGACUUGCUCCGUCAAGACGAAAGUGUGCGCCACAGGUGUUACCUUAUAGGACUCCAUGUUGGUAUGGCAUUCCAAAUAUAUGACGACCUGCUCGACUACCGUUCAUCUAGCACUGAUCUGGGAAAGCCCACACUUAACGACCUCUCAUCGGGGCUUAUCACAAUGCCACUUCUAAUGGCUCUGCCAGAGAGCCCAGAACUUGAAUCAUUACUCACGGAUGGGACUGUCAGCGCCGGAAAAGUAGACAUUGUGUUGCCCUUUGUUAACUCCAGUCAUGCAUUUGCACGCAGCCAAUGCGCUGUAAUGAUGCACUUGGCUGAGGUUUCUCGGCUACUACGCUGCCUGGAUUCAAAAGAAGCAGCGCCCGAAUCUCCAUUGUCAGAAUCAGCACAGACAUUACUGCGUUUCAUAUACGACACAUUAACACGCUCCACAGGAUGA